UGACAUUUGUUGUACCAGGCGUUGUUAACGUCAACUACUACAUUGCGUUUAUUGACCACCUGUACUUGACUGUGGGCACACCAGCAGAAAUGUCGACACCUGGGAACAAGUCAUCCGGAAGCCCCAACAAGAGCGUAAAACUAUCUUUUGGAACCAAGACACCUGGAAAUGGCAAGAAUAAGGAGAAGAUGGACCGGUUCAUUCCAACACGGUCUGCUAUGGACUUCGAUUCCGCUAACUACACGCUGAGCAAGGAGAACAAGCAGGGUACCGAGCAGCGUGAUUCUCAAUCCUCGCCAUCCAAGGAGGACUACCAGAAGGCGCUUGCGGCUAGCCUCAGUGUUAACGACUCGAGUCGGAUCCUUGCUUUUAAGCAGAAGGCCCCCGCAGCGCCGGAGGGCUACGAAAAUCGCCUAACGUCCCUGUACAACCAGAACCUUGCGCCAACUGUUCCGAAGAAGCAAUUCCGACAUGUGCCAACGACGCAAGAGCGAAUCCUGGACGCGCCUGAGCUUAUGGACGACUAUUACCUCAACCUGCUGGAUUGGGGCAGCCAAAACCUGAUCGCCAUCGCCCUGGGGCGUUCGGUGUACCUAUGGAACGCGGGCUCGGGCGAUGUUGAGGAGCUGUGCACCACCCCCAACGAGGGCGACUACAUUUCGUCUUUGCGAUGGGGCAGCGACGGCAACUUCCUCGCAGUAGGGACGUCGGACGCCAAGGUGCAGAUCUGGGACGCGAGCAGGCGUAAGCAAGUGCGCGAGCUCUGUGGCCACACCAACCGCGUCUCGUGCGUGUCGUGGAACGGCUCCAUACUCAGCUCCGGCUCGCGUGACUCCACCAUCGCCAACUGGGAUGUACGGAAGCGCCGCGACGAGGCUUGCAUCGCCACGCUGGCGGUGCACGAGCAGGAGGUCUGCGGGUUGGCCUGGUCGCUGGACGGUCAGCAGCUCGGGAGCGGCGGCAACGACAACAUGCUCGCCAUCCAUGACUCAUCCUUCCGCCUCGUCAACAAGGUCCAGGCCCACACCGCCGCCGUCAAGGCGCUGGCGUGGUGCCCCUACCAGUCCAACCUCCUGGCCACCGGCGGCGGCACGGCGGACCGCCACAUCCGCUUCUGGAACACGCACACCGGCGCCAUGCUCAGCCAGAUCGACACAGGCUCACAGGUCUGCGCGCUCCAGUGGAACCCUCACGAGCGCGAGCUGCUGUCCAGCCACGGCUACUCCAAGAACCAGCUGUGCCUGUGGAAGUACCCGAGCCUUAACAAGGUGGCCGAGAUGAUUGGGCACCAAGGUCGCGUCCUCCACAUGUCUACCUCGCCCGACGGCUGCAGCGUGGUCACGGCGGGUGCGGACGAGACGCUGCGCUUCUG